AUGUCCAGUCUUAUGCCCAUGACCUACCUCAAUGUGCUGUCCUUCAUGUUUGCCAUUGAAGAGAUCAAUAGAAAUGUUCAACUUCUACCCAACACAUCCCUGGGAUAUGAGUUCCACAAUUUCCUGCACAGUCAUUGGUGGAUAAUGGAGAGUCCCAUCACUUUUCUCACAGGAAAGAAUGAGAUUCCCAAUUAUACCUGUGGGAGAGGGAGCAAGGCCACAGCUAUACUUAUGGGAACAUCAGGGGCAACUGCUGCCCAAGUUGGACCACUGCUGGAGCUCUACAAGUUUCCACAGAUUACUUUUGGCUCUUUUGAUCCUCUGCUGACAGAAAAUGGUCAGUUUCCUUCCUUGUAUCAGAUGGCCUCAAAGGACACAUCUCUGGCGCUUGGCAUGGUCUCCUUGUUGCUUCAUUUUAGCUGGACCUGGGUGGGACUGGUCAUCACAGAAGGUCAGAAAGGCCUUCAGUUUCUCUCAGACGUGAGAGUAGAGAUGGACAGGAGCAGAAUAUGUGUAUCAUUUGUGAAAAUGCUUCAAAUUACUCUUGGUGCUUUUUAUGGAACCUUGCAAUAUGAUUUCCAGGCCAGAGAAACACCACCAGUGAAUGUGGUUAUUGUUUACUAUGAUAGUGAGAGUCUAAGUGAUGUAAACUUUAAUAUAGGGGGAUAUCUAGUGACAUGGAGAGUCUGGGUCACAAACUCACAAUGGCUGGCUGACAUGACAGGGAGAAAUUUUAUACUUGACUCAUUCCAUGGGAUGUUCAUUUUUUCAAACCACCAUGAGGAGAUUUCUGGCUUCAAAAAUUUUAUUCAAACAGCUAAUCCUUUCAAAUACCCAGAAAACAAUUUUCUUUCUCUGUAUUGGUUCAAGAAUUUCCAAUGUUCAUUAUCUGAUUCUGGUUGUUCAUUGAGGAACUGUCCACCCAAUGUCUCUUUGGCAUGGCUGCCUGCAAAUCGUUUUGACACAGCCACAAGUGAUGCGAGUUCCAAUGUAUACAAUGCUGUGUACGCUGUAGCUCACGCCCUCCAUGAGAUGCUUCAGCAACAAGUACAGACACAAUCAAUGAAAAAUGGAGACGACAUAGUGUUUUCUACCUGGCAGCUGCACCCCUUCCUGAAGAAUAUGCACUUUAUCACUACUACUGGAGACCAAGUGAAUUUGGAUGACAAACGAAAACUGGAAACAGAGUAUGACAUUUUCAACUUUUGGAAUUUUCCUGAAGGUCUUAGAAUUAGGAUGAAAGUAGGAGAGUUUUCCCCACAUGCCCUGCAUGGUCAGCGAUUGUCUUUAUCUGAUCAUUUAAUACAGUGGGCUACAGAAAUUACAGAGACUCCACACUCUGUAUGCAGUGAAAGUUGUAAUCCGGGAUUUAGAAGAACUCCCCAGGAAGGAAAAGCUGCCUGUUGCUUUGAUUGCAAACCAUGUCUAGAGAAUGAGAUCGCCAAUUUCACUGAUGUGGAGCAGUGCAUAAAGUGCCCGGAUCAUCAAUAUGCCAACAGUCAGAAAAAUGAGUGUAUCCAAAAAUCUAUCAUAUUUAUGACUUAUGAAGACCCUUUAGGGAAGGUUCUGGCUGGCACAGCCUUUAGUUUCACUAUUCUAACAGCUGCAAUUCUUGCACUCUUUGUGAAGCACAGAGACACUCCCAUUGUCAAGGCAAAUAAUCGAGCUCUCAGUUACACCCUUCUCAUCUCACUUUCUUUCUGUUUCCUGUGCUCGUUGCUCUUCAUUGGCCGGCCCAACACAGCCACCUGCAUCCUGCAGCAGACCACAUUUGGACUUGUGUUCACUGUGGCUGUUUCCACUGUCUUGGCCAAAACUGUUACUGUGGUGCUGGCCUUCAAGGUCACUGUUCCAGGCAAAAGGAUGAGGCAGUUGCUGAUAUCAAGGGCACCUAAUUUCAUCAUCCCUAUUUGCUUCCUGAUCCAACUCACUCUCUGUGCAGUCUGGAUGGGGACAAAUCCACCCUACAUUGACACAGAUGCUCAUUCUGAGCAUGGCCACAUCAUCAUCGUGUGCAACAAGGGCUCCCUCACUGCCUUCUACUGUGUCCUGGGAUACCUGGGCUCCCUGGCCCUGGUGAGCUUCACUGUGGCUUUCCUGGCCAGGAACCUGCCUGACACCUUCAAUGAAGCCAAGUUCCUGACGUUCAGCAUGCUGGUGUUCUGCAGCGUGUGGGUCACCUUCCUGCCUGUGUACCACAGCAGCAAGGGGAAAGCCAUGGUGGCCAUGGAGGUCUUUUCUAUCUUGGCCUCCAGUGCAGGGCUGCUGGGCUGCAUCUUUGUCCCCAAGUGCUACAUUAUUUUGUUACAGCCAGGAAAAAAUACUUGGCAUGACUUCAAAGACAAAAAACAUUCUGGAAGAAAGAAGCCUUCCUAA